AUGGUUACCACUGCAAAUCCUUCUGCAUCUGAGUCUAGUGAUGGUGUGGUUCUUUGGUCUCCUACUCUCUCAUCUCCUAUGGUGGUGGCCCAUUCUCUUGGUAGUCCUGCAACUCUUGCUGUUAGUAUCUCUGACAGUCGUCCUACUGUGCAACUUACAUCUCCGGUUGAUAGUCUCAGUCCUUAUGCAAUGAUACUUGUUCUCAAUCUUGGGGCUAUGUCUAUGUUCUGGCAGGUUUUGCCAUUCAUGUCCAUGUUUGAUGCAACCAUCAUUCUGAAGCAGAAAUUGCAGAUGGAGAAAAUGCACACCAAAGAUCUCAAACAAAAUGACCUCGUACUUAUCAAGUCAAACAUCAGUUGUUUCCAGGACUGUCAGAUCGCAGAUGAUUUCUUGUUGCCAAGCAAAUCUAACUCUCAUACUGGUUGCAGUUCUACCUCCAAAACCGACAGUAAAUGGAGAGCUACUUACUUAUUGAAGGCAGUUAACAUGCUUGUGCCGGCAGCAUUUGAUGCUGAUGAUGUCAGCGACUUGGAAGAGCUCAGGUCUGAUGAUGCUGUUAUUUCCAUUUAA